AUGAUUGUAGGUGAUGAAAACCAAAAAGGAGUUACUAGUACAUCAGGAAUUCCAGGAGUUAAUGUUGCUAUAAUGAGCAACUUGAAUGUGCACAAGUUGAAUACUUAUGAGUCUGUAGCUAUGUACUCUAAAGGCAACAACAAUCCCAGGUUCAAGAAGAAUUACACCAACACCACCACUAACAACUUGUACUGUGACUUUUGUAUACUCAGAAAUCAUAAUAGGAUUGAUUGUUGCAAACUUAAUGGAUACCCUACUGACUAUAAGUCUAAGAAGAAAGCAGGUGGAAAUGCAGGGAAUGCUGCUGUAUAUAAUGUCUCAAUAAAUAAUGCAGAAUUUCAAUAUUGUGGUAUGGUUAGAAUAGAUGUGUAUUCUCAGAACUAUGGUGCUGGUAUGCGGUCUCAAGCAUAUAAUACUGAUGUAACAACUAUAGCAAAUAAGAGUCAAAAAGUGACUACUAAUCAGCAAGCAGGAUUUCCCAACCAACAAAGCCCAAUAGUGCAACUUGGAAACGGGUUUACUCUAGAGCAAUAUGAGGAGAUCAAGCAAAUGCUGAAUAAUUCAACCCCCGCUGCUUCUGUUAAUGUAGCUCAUGCUGCAGGCACAGAAUGGAUCAUAGACACUGGUGCUACUAAUCACAUGGUUUCUGAUAUCAAUUUAUUGAACAAGUCUAGUAUAACUGAGAAUAGCAUUUCAAAACCGGUCUAUUUGCCCAAUGGUGAUAUAACUCAAGUUACUCAUACUGGUGCUAGUUCAAUCUCAAGUAGAAAUAUUGUGACAAAUUUAUUUCAUGUUCCUCAGUUCAAAUCUCUUCAGUGGGAAGUGAAGGAGAUUGGUAAGGAGGAUAAUGGUCUAUAUAUACUGAUCAAUGAGUCAAGCAAACACAAUAAUCAAGUAACUCUAGUAGCUGAUGGCAGAGUUCAGUUGAAAGAGAUCAACAUUAGAUUGUGGCACAGGAGGCUAGGUCAUACCUCUAUUACUGUUUUACAGAAGAUUUUUCCUCUUGAUAGACAUGUUAUUCAUGCUGAAGUUGACAAAUGGCCUUACGAAGGAGCUACUUUUGAUGGAAACAAAUUUUUCUUGACGGUGGUAGAUGAUUAUUCCAGGAUGACUUGGAUAUUUUUGCUUAAACAUAAGUCUGAUGUGUUUCUUUUUAUUCAACAAUUUCUAAGGAUGCCUAGUCCAGUUAUUGGAAAUCAAUCUCCCUUUGAAAGAGUAUAUCACAUGAAACCAUCAUUAGGACACUUAAGAGUGUUAGGUUGCUUGUGCUUUGCCAAAGUGAUUCUAGAACAUGAUAAGCUGAAACCUAGGAUUAGAAGUGCUAUUCAUAUGGGAUAUUCAGAGGUUCAAAAAGGAUACACUUUCUAUGAUAUUGAAGAUCAUCAGUUUUAUGUGAGCAGAGUAGUGUUCAAAGAAGAGUGCUUUCCCUUUGCUACACCUAACACAAGAAACACCAGUUAUAUAGAUUCUAGUCAACAGUCCAGACUGUUUCCUGCUCCAUCUAUUCAUUUUCCAAUUGAUUUUCAUACAAAUACCUAUAUCCAACAAGAACAUCCAAAUACUGAUACCUCACAAAUACAAGAUCCUCUCCAUACACCUGUUGAAGUCCUGUAA